AUGGUCGAGCCCCUCGACCCCGACGCCGUUCGCAUCACCCCGGGCUUCCUCCGCUCGGAACUGUCGCGUUGGGGUCCCGACGGCCACGCCAUUACGUCGCGUCACGCGAAGCCCCAGUACUACUGGGGCAUACCGACGACGACGACGCGGGCGCGGCCGGUGCCUGGGGCGCCCGCGCAGCCCAACUUCGCGCUCACCGUCACCGCGCAGGAGGCGGAGGACGAUCUCAAGCGGAUACAGGCCGCCAUACGUCGCGACGCCGACCUGAUGCGCAGCAACGGGAAGGGCGGCGGGAAGAGGAGGAAGACCAAGGCGACCCCUGAACGAGCCAGCCCUUGCUCGAACGGGGUUGGCGAGGGUGGGGUCGAGAGGACGGCGGCGGGUUCGCCGUCGCCCGCGCCGCGCGCCGUGAACGGGAACGAUCGACGCGAGGCCUGA